AUGCAUCUAUCGAAUAAGCAGCGUGUAAUGAAUAAAACAUAUACGGUCUUAUCGAAUAAGUAUUGUUCAUCUUAUGUUGAUACUGACCAACAAGAUCAAAUGCAUUCGAUUAUGGAAAAUACUGGUCGAUUAUUAUCACCAUUAGACGAGAGUCGUUUUUCUACAUUUACAAAGUAUAAGAUCAAACAGCCAGCUAGCACAAUUAUUGUUAAUGAACAGCAACAACGAUAUUUCGAUUCACCAACAAUGAUUGUACCAGAUGACGAUGAUGAAUACAUUCCGAUUAGUCGUUGUUCGAACAAAACAUCAUCUGCUCUGAUUGAAUCGAAUUUAGAUGAGACAGAACUUAGUGAUCUUUUAAUAUUUACAAAUCCAAAUCGAUUGUUAUCUGAAUCGAUGCGUGUCGUUGCCAGUCGACAUCCAUCAUUACAAGAUUUGAAAUAUAUCAAUGACGUUAGUAGUCGAUUAGGUGAUUCAUCUUUACUUGUAAAAGAGAAGGAAGAACCUGUCUAUCAGGAGCUGAUUCGGAUUGAACGCCUAAUUACUCCACCACUGACGGAUCAUAUCAAUGAUGUCGAUGAAAAUAAAGAAAAUCGGCCACCACUGAUGCCAAUUAAAUGUCCAGUAUCGCGAAUACCGGUUUGGAUACCAUCAUCUAUAAGUAAGACCAAGAAACACGAAGACAUCAAAAAGAAAUCAACAACAAAACCAUGUCUUGUUGAUAUAUUGGAUCAAUGGUCGUCGAUGACACCUAAACUGAAAGAUUUGUUAACAGAUACACGAAAGAUGCCUAUCCGUAUGCCUCAGCUAACAAAGAAUAGUAGCGAGUUUCGCCGUCUGAAACAAUUAUUAAACGAUUUGGAAAUAACCACAUCUUCAUGGACGAAUGCGAUCAAUCAAUGUCGUUAUGUUCUUCAACAUGCUCAACAGCAAUUUCAUCGUGGAUAA